GUAAACUUUAAUCUUGAAGAUGAUAUAUAGGCUAGCAUUUAGCAAUUAAGUAAACUUUAAUCUUGAAGAUGGCUAUCAUUAAUUUUGCUUCUAAAACUAUAAUCCUUCUCUCAUUUUUUCUACUUGUUCUUAUUUCUUACUCAUUGCCAUUGUCAACAAACAAAAGAUGGAUAAUUGAUGCAAAAUCAGGCGAACGUGUGAAGCUAGCUUGUGUCACAUGGGCUUCUCAUAUGGAACCAAUGUUAGCCGAAGGUCUAGACAAGAAGCCAUUAAGCUACUUAGCUUCUAAAUUAUCUAACCAUCGCUUCAACUGUGUUCGACUCACAUGGGCGUCUUACAUGUUCACUCGCUACCAUAAGCUCAGCGUGGCUCAUUCUUUCGAGUCAUUAAAUCUAACCAAGGCUAAGGCAGGGUUAGCUAUUCAUAACCCUAAUUUAUUGAAUAUGAGUGUUGUUGAAGCUUUUAAAAGUGUUGUUGAUGAGCUUGGGGCUCAUGGUUUAAUGGUGGUGCUUGAUAACCAUGUUAGCCUGCCUAAAUGGUGUUGUCCUCAAGAUGAUGGAAAUGGGUUCUUUGGUGAUGUUCAUUUUGAUCCUACAGAAUGGCUAAUUGGUUUAGCCAUUGUGGCUAAGCUCUUCAAGGGUAAACCUCAGGUGGUUGCAAUGAGCAUGAGAAAUGAAUUACAUGGUCCAUAUCAAAAUGAACUUGAUUGGUAUAAAUUCAUUCAACAAGGAGCAACAAUGGUUCACAAACUAAAUCCUCAAGUACUAGUCGUUGUUUCAGGGCUAGUUUGGGGCACAGACCUCACCUUCUUAAAGAAAAAGCCCUUAAGCUUGGGAUCCAAUAACUUGGAUAACCAGUUAGUGUAUGAGACACAUUGGUACUCAUUUGCUGGGGAUCCAAAAAUUUGGGAAGUACAACCGUUAAACAGGAUUUGCAACCUUAAAUCCCAAAUACUAACUGACCUGACCGGAUUCGUUAUAACCGGCGAGAACCCGGUUCCUCUGUUCUUAGGGGAAGUUGGGAUUGAUCAAAGGGGUGUGAAUGAGGCAGAUAACAGAUUCUUUAACUGUUUUUUGGCCUAUGUUGCUGAAAAUGAUCUUGAUUGGGGCUUGUGGGCAUUUCAAGGAAGCUAUUAUUUUAAGGAUGGUGAAACUGGACAUGAAGAGACUUAUGGUCUUAUGAAUUUUGAUUGGGACGAAUUUAGAAAUCCAGAAUUUGAUGAUAGAUUGUGGCUUAUAAAGCAGACAAUGCAAGAUACAAAACCAAAAUUUUCAACCUCAUAUCUGAUGUAUCAUCCACAAAGUGGCCGUUGUGUAAAUGCUACUGAAAAUAAUGAAAUUUAUGCAACUAAAUUUCAAGAACCAAGUCUGUGGAGUCAUGAUGGAGAUGGAGCUCCAUUAAGGUUAAUGGGUUCUGCUCAAUGCCUAAAAGCUAUUGGUGAUGGGCUUGAGCCAGUCCUCUCAAGGGAUUGCUUGGGCCAACCAAGUUCUUGGAUUUCACUCUCAAACUCUAAGCUUCAAUUAGGCGUCAGAAAUGAAAAUGGUGAUUAUUUAUGCUUGGAGAUGGAAUCUUUCAACUCUUCCAAGAUCUUGACUAGAAAAUGUAUUUGUAUUGAAGAUGAUUCUGAUUGUCAAGAAAAUCCACAAAGCCAGUGGUUUAAGCUUGUUAAAAAUAAUGUAAAAGUGGCUAAUUAGCACUUUUUGACAUAAUGAAAAAAAUAAGAUUAGACAUUGAUGGAUUUGAAUAGAAAAUGUGAUAAGGCUUGUAAUAUAUUAUAUGCUUAACUAUAGUAUUCCUUAAA